AACUUUUUUAAAGCCAUGUUGUUCAAAUUGCUGAUUGUUUUACACAGUUGCGUGUUACUGGCCGCCAGUACAAAAGAAUGUAAAUCUGGUCAGAACUGUGAGUUAAGAUGUUGUACCAUACCUGCGGGUGAUGUGCUCUGUCGUGAGAGAUGUUUGGGGUUAUCAUGUGAACUUGAUGUACAUUGUGAUGGCGACUGCUGUGUAAACUCAACAUGUAGCAGUUGUCUUUUGAAAAGGUUUGUAAAUGUUUGGCUGUUAAUAGAUUUCGAGCAGGAAGACAAUAGUCACAAUAUCUCUGAUAAUAAUAUUAGUUCUGGUCAGAAUAGAAUUUUUUCUGACGAGAAUAUCAAUCAGGUCUGAUCAGGGGUUUCACGUAUAAUGAUAAUUUAGAUUAUUUUACUUUUGGUAUACAGUAUUUUCCCCUUAGGGGCAUAAAUAUCCCAUAUUUACCUAAGAUUAAGUAAUUAAGUAUGAUUAAGCCGGUUUUCACUAGCGAAUUAUUUGGUGCGAAGCGACUCAAUUUGCUUUUGUCCUUGAGCUUUCAGCUGGAACCAUUUGGAACUAUAAUUAGUUUUGGACAAAAGAAUGAAGUCGAUUCGAGCGAAAGAAAUCACUACUGGAAUAUGGGUACACUGGUAUAUUGAGUCAGUAUUAUCGAGUAUAUUGGUAUUCUGAUAACCCCUGCCAUACAUGAGAGAUGAAUAUAUAUACAGAAUAUUAAAUACCAGAGAUUAAAUACUAAAGAAAAAAUAUUCCGUUACCCCAUCCCCUUAUAUAUAUAUAUAUAUCUUUGAAAAGCAAUUUCAAGGACAUGUCCUGUCAAUAACAGUCACACAAAUAUAUCAAAUUCCAUUGUAGCAGGACCAUUGGACUUCCCUAAAGCCUGGUUCACAUAUAUGCCUGCGACGUGCUUGCGACGUACCGGCGACGAUACCGGUGAUAGCUUAAAACGUAAAUUAUGUGAAUAUUUGUUCGCCGAUUGCCUCCAGUGCUACAGUUACAUCGGCGGUAGGCCGGGAAAGUUGACUUGAGUUCAACUUUGCCGGUAUUUCGGCGGCAAGUAGAGGCAUAAUGUUACAGUCGCAGGCAUACCGCAGGCAUAUGUGAACCAGGCUUAAGCCACUGAUAACAAUCGGAAUCUUCAAAGAAGGCAUUUUCUUUAUACGAGAGAGUGCACAAAUCACGUUGUUGAUUUCACAUACGAGUCACUAUAUAAAAGGUUUACAUAAAGUAGUGCAUCGUGACGAACAAGCGCAGUUUCAUAUCCUCCCAUCCAGUGAUCCCAUCCCUUUGCGCGGCCUAUAAUGACGCGCUAUUUCAUGUAAACCUUUUAUAUAGUGACUCGUAUUUGAGAGUACGUGAGAGUACACAACGUUUUGCCUAUAUUUUGCACAUUUUGGCCAUUAUUCCAAAGAUUAUUAUGGUUAGUUCAUUGUAGGCCAAAAGUCCUGGGGUCGGUUGUAUAAAACUCUUUUUUAAAUCAUUAUUUUGUAGUUAAAUAGUGAUUAACUCUCAAAUAGGCGCUUCUUAUUGGAUGACGUUUGCACUUAACCAUGAACUUUAAUCACUUUUUUAUACAACCGGCCCCUGGUUCCAGAAUUGCAGCUUAGCUGUUAACAACACAUGUGUCGUAUGAUAGGCGAGUAAACAAGUCUUCAGGCUUAAACUUUUACAGGCAACGUUUGCCUAGUACUAAAGGCUGUACAUUAUCCAGUAUAAGUAAAGUUCUCGAGUAAUUAUUCAUAUAAUAACCGUUCUAUAGGCUUUCUUUGACGGGUUCGAGCCGUGUUCACAAUUCAGUUCAACCCACGUCGAAUAAGCGUUCAACUACAAACUUCGUAACUGCAGAUGAACCAAGACUUCCGACAGAAGCGAAGACGACGAAUAGAGAAGAUCGAGUCAAGGUGACAAGAAACACUUCACCCACUCGUUUACAUCCAUCAGGCUGUUUGACUGUCCAAUGUCUCAGUGAAUGCUGUAUUGAUGGACACUGUGUUGACAGUUCUCAAUGUGUGCCCGUCAAAGCUGCCCGCGGGGGUAGGGGUGGGGCACCAGGAAGAGGCGGAACCGGAGGGAGAGGGGGAGCGAGAGGGAGAGGGGGAGCGAUAGGGGGCGGUGGUGGUAAUUCUGGAAGUGGGUUAGGACGAGGGGGCCGCCCACUUAAAGCCUGGGAGAUCGCUCUUAUUGUUGGUGUUUCGGUGAUAAUCGUCAUUUUCAUGGUAAGCAUUUUUUGUUGCGCAAUUUUCGGUCCCUGCUGGUAAUCGUAACUAAACGAAAUAUGAUCUAAAGGACACUGUAAGGGUCAUGCUUGGUUUUAGUACGUUAUAACUAAUUUGCUAAAGUUGAAGUGCGCAGUGAUAAACAGUAAAAAUGUGCCAUGAUAACACAUAAUGGUGUAACCUGUGAACAGGCUCUUGGUGUAGCUGUCGAGUUGUUGUCAGGCCUAGGGUUGUUGCUGUUAUUGCACGUUCGUAAUUUUAAUUUGUUUUAACAUAUUAAAUAAUUAUUUAGGAUUCAAUGUAAUAAUAUAAUGUAGUAAUUUAUAUGUUGUAAUUUUGUCACUGAAAAGCCCCUUCAGGGGUGUGUCAAUAUUCAAUACACGAUUUUGAAAUUGUUGUUUAUAUUUCAUAAUGUAAAUAAAUUCGCGAGAGUUGUCUAAAAAUUCCUGGUAGUCUGCAUCUUCACCCUUUCCGGCUCGAGGUUGUUUUCUGCUAUUGAGUAAGUGAGUCACACAGACAUUCUAAUCGACAUAUGUAGCUAGAUAUUAUAUUUUAAACUUUUUUUUUUGGA